ACGCGCGCUCAACUCCCUCCAGUCGCGCGCCAUGCGCACGCGCAUUCUCUACCAACCGGCCACUACUAUGAACAAAAGUGUAACCAAACCUCAACCUUCACAAGGAUUACAGUGAACAAACUAAAAGUGCAUUUAUGUGUGAGACCAAGUGAAGAAGUGACAGUUUAGCUACGGCAAUAACAUUUUCGUUCACAGUCUCUAUUAACUGUUUUAUGGCCUGUACAGUGCGUCUAUUGUUGUGUUCGCUUCCACUAAUCUCCUAUUCACCUGUCGCAACGCCACCUACUGCGGUUGGACUAUGAAAUGUGACAAAAAAUUGCAAUGGACAACCAUUGUACGCAUGUGGACGCCAGUUUGUAAACUUUGCGGGUUGACUACCUGACUUCUGGAGGGUUGGACCUCGACAGAUCGGACGAUUGAUCGCCCAACUGCCUUAUGUUCUUGAAACCGUGAUGUCGGACAACGCCGGAGCCGUAGUAUCGAGGGCGUCCACACCUCGCCCAGUCAAUGACACGCCAGUCGCUGCGUCUCUCAGGUCUAGACAUGACCAGUUCCUUGCCAGUUCAACUGAAAGAACCCAGCAACGCCCUUCCUCAAGCGGCAGAAAUCCUUCUGGAAACUUCGAAUCACCGCCCCUUCCCUACCAUCGGCAGAUAACAACAGGCUCCUUGCUUACCUCAUCUCACCGCGAAACCUCAGCUUUUGUUCCUGUAGUACCAACUCGGUCCAUGCACCCAGUCAUAUACCCCAACGAAAUGCAUCCUGCCUUGAUACCUUCGGAAAUUAUAGAAAGGGAAAGAAUGAUGGAUAGGGAAAGAACAGAACCGGCUAAAGGUUCUCCGGAUAGAGCGUCCGGCAAUUUUCCCAAGAGAAACUCAUUUGAUUUAAUGGCUAUGAUGGUGGAAAAACGCAAAGAAGUAGCAUUGCGUGAAGCUGCGGCAGCAAUGUUACUUCCUCACCAUAGAACAUCGUCUAUCGAAGGCAUGAUGUCUGAUGGAUCCUCGCAACCGCCUAUUUACGGUCCACCCGGGCCAUUUCUUGGUGCCCCAGGGCCGUCACCUACCGCUGCGGGAAGCUUUACUUUUCCUGGAGCGGGCCUGUUCCCUCCCGGGGCUGGUCCCCAUCAAAUGCAUCCGCAUUUAGACAGGCGGCUCCUAAGAGCACCUGGUCGAGCCUCAAGACCGAAAAAGCAAUUCAUUUGUAAAUUCUGUAACCGUCAAUUCACCAAAUCGUACAACCUGCUGAUCCACGAAAGAACCCAUACCGAUGAACGGCCCUACUCCUGUGACAUCUGCGGCAAGGCUUUCAGAAGACAGGACCACUUGAGAGACCACAGGUACAUUCAUUCGAAGGAGAAGCCAUUCAAGUGUACAGAAUGCGGGAAAGGAUUCUGCCAGUCGAGGACCCUGGCGGUACACAAAAUCCUCCACAUGGAGGAAUCGCCACACAAAUGUCCUGUCUGCAGCCGAAGCUUCAAUCAACGGUCAAACCUCAAAACUCAUUUACUCACUCAUACGGACCAUAAGCCUUACGAAUGCAAUUCUUGUGGAAAGGUAUUCAGAAGAAAUUGUGACUUGAGACGACAUGCUUUGACGCACGCAGUUGGAGACGUGCCACCGGGCGACGUUCUUGAUGUAGGUGAAGAAGACAUUGGUAGACCAGGUUCACCAAUAGAACCAGGAUUCGACGACGAAGAUCCUGAACUAUCAUCACCCGAACAUUCACCCGUUAGAAGAGCUCGAUCUUCGUCUAUUGAGAGCAUUGGCAGAGAGCAAAGUGAAGAGAGACCGCAACGACGGACAUCUCCUUCUCCGGUAGAACGUACUCACUGCCACCAUAACGAGCAAAGAGACAGAGCGAGUCCCUACACUAUGCGUCCCCAGCACCAGGAGAAACAUAUGCGUAUGCCGUCAGAUCUCUAUGAAAAACGACGGUACACUUCAGAGGAGAUUAUUGAGAAAGAGAUGCGUUAUACAGAAGUUCCUGAACAACAAAUAAGACAUCCUCAGCUACAAAUUCGGAGAGAUCUUCACCAGGUUGCGCCACCAGAUCCUUCGAAAAUGAGCCAAAUGGCUAGUCCACCUAUAGAUCCUGGGCCUUCUGGAAUGUUCUUGAGUCCAUUUAGAAAGAGGAGCCAUCCGCCCGAUAUUGGAGAAAACGUGAGGACUUGUGCAGCAGUUUAUCGAAGUCGGUCACCUGAGCCUACUAACUUGACGAUGCCUCGGCCGCCGAUAGGAAAUGGGGAGGUUGUUGUUGGAAUGCCACCCACAAUAUUGGGAAUGACAUCGUAUCAUAAGUUUGGCUUACCCAUGCCUCCGCCUCAUCCUCAAAUGUACGCUGGUCCUGUUCCUCACCCAAUAUUGGGACCGCAACAAACUGUUGCUCAAGACUUGAUAGUAAAGCAUGCACCUCCGAAGGACACCGCUCCCUGUACUUCCACUCAUAUCACUAACAGUAAGGAUGGUCAGAAGGAACCUGAAGAAGCCAGUUCGAGUUUCAUAACGAGCGGAAUUAAAAACAUUGUUGGUAUACAGCCGCCAGUUAAUCCGAAGCCUGGAACGAGCACAUCGACCGGACCGAAGAAAGGUUUUAGUAUAGAUGACAUUAUGAGACGCUGAUGAAAUAUGAACAAGCGCCGCUGUCUGCGAAGACUUACUGUAUGCAAAUGUGAUUGCGUACUAGAUUACGUUAAAGUUUAGCCUUUAGACGUUUUGCUUUAUUUUGUUAGCUACAUAGUAUGAAGAGUUUUUGUAAUGCGAUGGUUCUGUAGGCAGUGGUACUUAAGUAUAGGUGCAUUUCUAGAGAGACUUAAGAUAUGAAAUUGUAUUUGUACCUAAUGUUAGAUUAACUAUAAUUCAGAAGUAUUAUUAGUCCAAGUUUCGAUUAUACACAUUGUAAAAUUUCUAGAGGUAUGUUUGUACGUAUUUGCAACGUGGAUUUGGUUUUCGUAAAGAUCUCAUAAGGUUUGUUUGUGCAGUGUUUUGUUUACCUCCAAAUUUUAAAAUUUAGUUUAUCGAAGAAAUAUUUAGGCAAUAAUUUUUAUUUUGUCGUGUUGUUGGAUAUCGACGAACAAAACAAUUGUUGUUUGUGUGAUUUUCUUUUGUUUGAAUCCAUCAGUGCUGAUUUUUGUAAUUAUAAUAAUUUUAUUUUAUAGUUAUAUUAGCAAGUAGAUUUAAAAUAUUAAGAAUUGACUGGUUCUUAUUACAGCUGUUAUUUAUUAUUUAGUUAUUGCAUAAUUUAAUUAUUGAGAAUGUUAGUAUUGUCGGGCAAUAAGCAGUUUUAUUAAUAAUCGUGAUUUUUAUUUAAGAUUUAGUGUUUUAGAAUGUAAAUAAAUUAUUUUAUAGUUAGAAUUAAAAUUAUUUUAAAAUAGAGAAUUGAUUGUUAAUUCUAAAUUGCACACAAUUUUAAUUUGUUGAAGAAUUUGCAUAUUAAGUUAAUAAAACUGAACUGUUAUAGUAAAAAAAGCAUUAUUAUAAAAAGUGUGUUUAUAAUAAAAUCAUUUAGUGAAAAAACGCAGACUCUACUUAAUAUUAAAUAGUUGUUGCUCAGAUGUAAUUAAGUGAAGUACUUUAUGUAUGUACAUUCGUAUUUUUAUGAUAAUAAUACUUAAUUAAUUAAUAAAUUAUGAUGACAAAUAA